AUGGUCAAUGUUGAGAACAAACAAAAUAUUGAACAGGAACAUGACGACGUUAACAAGACGAACGUUUUAGGUGUUGAUCCGUUACUUAGCGAUUCUCAUGAAUCCGCCAUUGCAGCGGACUCAUCUCAAGAGGAAGAGAAACAGGUGGUGAAAAAAUCAGCAAAGUACAAACACACGACAGUGGAAGGACGUGGAACGAGAGUCCGUCUGUCGCCGAUCUGUGCUGCUAGAAUCUUCCAAUUAACGCGGGAAUUGGGACAUAAGUCUGAAGGUGAGACUAUAAAAUGGAUUCUGGAACGUGCUGAGCCAGCGAUUAUUGCUGCCACUGGAACUGGUACGGUUCCGGCCAUUGCUGUACAAGUUAACGGAAUGUUGAAAGUACCAGCGACAAUUAACGAGGGAGAAAGCUUGAUGAGGAAGAGGAAAAGGGCUUCCAAUAGCGAAUUUUAUGACAUGCUUAAGGAGUCAAAAUUUGCACCUGUUGCUCCCAUUGCCCCAAAAGGUGUUGUUCCUGUUUGGCCAGUGGGCAAUGGGUACUAUAUGCUGCCACCUGUUGCUGGGCUUCAUUUACGGGCCAGCCCAUUGAUCAAUGUCAAUGCUGUUGGUGCUAGUGAGCUUAAACUGAGCAGCUCAUGUGUGUCAAAAAGUACUGGGAAUGGAAACAAGUUAGGUGAUGGUGUUUCAGUCAUGGCUCCGAGUUCAACUUCGACUUCUCCUGGUGCCACAACUACAACUACUAGGGGGUCUCCAUUGGAAAUUUUUAACAAGAAGGUGCAUCAGCUUAUGAAUGGUUUUGGUUCCACCAAAUCCUGA